AUCAUCAAGCGACUCACUCUCACAACCACCAACAACUUCUAUACCAACAACCCUCCUCUCCUCAUGAGGAUUACCCCUUCCCAACCUUCUCUAUCAAGUUGAUCUUUUAACCAUCAUGGGUAUCUUCAAGGGAGGCGCUCUUCGUCUGUUGCAGACUGCACUUUAUGCACUCACUUUCUGCUGUGCCGCCAUCAUUCUCGGUAUCUUCAGUUACUUCCUUGCCAUUCUCGCGGAUAACAACCUCGACAUUCCUACCAGAUGGAAGGCCGUUGAGGGUAUCUCUGGUGUUGCAGUCCUGUACACUCUCGCUACCACUCUUCUCACCUGCUGCCUGGCUGGUAUCGCUUUCCUUUCCAUCCUCGGCCUGAUCCUCGACCUUCUUUGCAUGGGUGGCUUCAUCGCCAUUGCUGUCUUGACCCGCCGUGGUGCCAACAGCUGCAGUGGCUAUGUCAGAACUCCUCUUGGUAACGGACCUUCCAACGGCCGUGCUACCUACAACGAGGGCAACAUCACCUACUCCCCCAACCUUGGUACUGCUUGCAAGCUCAACACUGCUGUCUUCGCUGUUUCCAUCAUCGGAGCUCUUCUGUUCUUGAUCACCGCCCUCAUGCAGCUCGCUCUCAUGCGCCACCACAAGAAGGAGAAGAGAUUCGGACCCGGCCCUGACAACGACUACACUUCCGGCACCACCAAGAAGCGCGGUCUUUUCGCUAAGAAGAACAACACUGCCCCUACUUACGACCACGCCGAGAAGGGUGUUGCUCCCAUUGCUGCCGUCCCUGCCACCACCCGCACCGUUCGUCCUUCUCACGAUACCGCUUACUCUGGUAACACUGCUGUCGGUGCCAACCCCACUGUCAUCCAAAAGGAGGGCCUUACUCACGAUGGUCACGCUCCUCACGUCGGUUACAACCCUCACGAGCGUACUACCGGUACUACCAUGCCCCACUCCUACGACAAUGAGCGCAGCACUGGCACUAUCCCUGCCAGCAACACCGCUAUCCCUGCCGGUGCCAUCCCCAGCGUCCACGGUGGCUACUACACUACCCCCACCACCAACGCUCGCGACUUCUAAUCUACUCAAGGGUUGCUCACCACCUACUCCCCUGUACCAUUAACUUGAUACCCUACAAACCUCCCACCGGCUUGUAGCUGAAUGUCUCUGUCUUAAUGUUAAUCUCGGCGGGCUUCAGCUAGGAGCGGUGGCUGUACUUUUAUCAUGAAGCGAUGACUUGUUUUUAAUGUUUUUCUUUUGUCUCUCAUGCUCUGGUUGGAAAGGGGUUCUCCUCCUGAGUGUUUACACAAUAUCAGAUAUCCUCUAAUACCUCCUAAUCAAAAUACUUCAA